AUGGUAGAGGAUCAUUUGAUUUGCCAUGGAUUUGUUCAUGGAUACACCAAAUGGGUUUUUCAUGGUGAAGGAUUUUCCUCAAGAAAUACGCCACAUCCAACCGAUGAAGAAGAAACUUCUAACAUGCAUGACGACAUUGAUAUAAAACUUCAUGAUACUUUUAGAAAUAUAGUAGAUGAUCAGAGACAUGAAGGAGUGAGGGAGGGGCCACAUGAAGAUGCAAAGAGAUUUUUUAAAUUAGUGGAGGAAGGGAAAGAAGAGUUGUAUCCAGGGUAUUUGUUGGACUUGAUAAGAGAGGCAUUUCCAUUUGCUCAGAUACCCGACUCGUUUUACAAGGCAAAAAAGGUCAUAAAAGAUUUGGGUCUUCAUUAUGAGAAAAUACAUGCUUGCACUAAUGAUUGCAUAUUAUUUUGGAAUGACAAUGCAAAGUUAGAUAAUUGCUCUGUGUGUGGAGCUUCAAGAUGGAAGAAUGUUCAUAAUGACUUAAAUAACAAGGUUACGAAAAUCCCAGUGAAGGUGUUAAGGUACUUUCCUUUAAAACCUAGGCUUCAGAGGAUAUUCAUGUGUUCUGAAACAUCUGUAGCUAUGAGAUGGCAUGAUACUGAACAACUUAUAGAUGGAAAUUUAAGACAUCCUGCAGAUGGUGAAGCUUGGAAGGAUUUUGAUUCAUUGCAUCCUGACUUUGCUAAUGAUGCUCGUAAUGUUAGAUUGGGUCUUUCAAGUGAUGGUUUCAAUCCAUUCAGAACUAUGAGCAUUUCCCACAGCACUUGGCCAGUUAUGUUGAUGAACUAUAAUUUAUCUCCAUGGACUUGCAUGAAGUCGGAGAAUAUUAUGCUGUCAAUGAUUAUUCCAGGUCCAUCGUCUCCCGAAAAUGAUAUAGAUGUAUACUUACAACCACUGAUUGCGGAGUUGAAGGAACUAUGGGAAGUGGGAGUUGAAACAUAUGAUGCUGUAACUAAUCAAACAUUUCUAAUGCAUGCAGCUUUAUUGUGGACAAUUAGUGAUUUUUCAGCUCUAGCAAUGCUUUCUGGAUGGAGCACCAAGGGGAGAUGGGCAUGCCCCACUUGUAACCAUAAUACUUGUUCCCAAUAUCUCAAACAUAGUCGCAAGAUGUGUUACUUGGGUCAUUGGACGUUUUUACCUCAUGAUCAUCCAUUCAAAAGAGAUAAAAGAUCAUUUAAUGAUAAAGAGGAGCAUAAAGUUGCACCUACUCCAUUAUCAGGUGCACAAAUUCUUGAAGAGCUUCGUGAAUUCAAUAAUGUAUUUGGAAAUAACAAAAAGAAAAGAAAACGAAAGAAUGAUGGUCCAUGGGAAAAAAUCCAUAUUUUUGAGUUACCGUAUUGGGCAACAAACAAAUUGAGGAACAAUCUUGAUGUGAUGCACAUAGAGAAGAAUAUUUGUGACAGUGUGCUUGGGACUUUAUUGGAUAUACCUGGAAAGUAA